CUAACCCGUCUUCCCAGUAACGCAGAGUGGCCGUGCUCCCUCGGGCAGCUCUGAGUGAGUCACCGAGAGAGGAAAGUAGCAGAGUACGAUCUGGUACACAUACGGAUCGAGCUUCUCCCAGUCUGGGAGAGACCCAGUUCGAGAGCUGCAGCAGGGACAGUGCUGGUCUGAGUCGACAGAGCUGCUAGCUGCUGCUGCUCGUUGAGAGCUGCUCGGCUCGCCCAGCAUGGCUGGCCGGCAGGUCUUCGUGUGUCUGCUGCUCGCUCUAGUGGCGGUUGCAGCUCAGGGAGCUUCUGUGGACUCGAAAAACGGGAAGUCAUGGACGGACGAGGAGAUAGAGAAGGAGAUGAUGGACUGGAUCGACCGCAUGGGUAAGAAGGAGGAGUCGAAGGUCCAUGCGCCCAAAAUUAACGUCAACUUUGCCACUUCAAAGUCUUCCCCAGCACCCGCUCCCGCUUCCAGGAUCAUUGUGGUGGAUAGGAAGGGGAAGGGUGAUUACAGGACUCUCAAGAAGGCCAUUAAAGCCAUUCCUAACGGAGAUAAGGAGAGGUGGACCAUUAAAGUGAAUCCAGGAGUCUACAAGGAACGAGUGAAGAUUCCGAAGGAGAAGGGACCCAUCACCCUGCUGGGCUCUGGACAUCACAAGACUAAGAUCACCUAUAAUUUGAACGCUGAAAAGGCCGGCGGGACUCUAAAAAGUGCCUCUGUUUCAGUAAAAUCUGACCACUUCAUCGCGAAGGACAUUUCGUUCGAGAACACUUCGCCGGCGCCCAAACCUGGAGCUGUGGGUCAACAAGCUGUUGCCUUCGAAAUUUCUGGUGACAAGGCUGCAUUCUACCGCUGCGUAUUCUUGGGUUACCAAGAUACUUUGUAUGAUCGUUAUGGACGUCAUUACUUCAAGGAUUGCCGCAUCAGAGGAAGUAUUGACUACAUUUUCGGAAACGGUCAAUCGUACUACGAGAAAUGUACAUUGGAAUCGGUUGCCGAGACAUUCGGUUCGCUAACAGCUCAAAAGAGAAUGACGAAGAAGGAAGAGACUGGAUACUCAUUCGUUGACUGCAAAGUGAAGGGUACCGGAUACUUGUAUUUGUCCAGAGCUUGGGGUCCAUACUCCCGUGUCGUGUUCAUCAGAACUUACUUCGAUGAUAUUAUCAGACCUGAGGGAUGGUACAACUGGGGAAUUCCCGGAAGAGAAAAGACUGUUUUCUACGGAGAGUACAAGUGUUUCGGUCCUGGUGCGAACAGGCAGGGACGUGAGCAGUGGUCGUACAACCUGACUGCCAAGCAAGCUAAGCCUUUCAUGACUGUUGACUGGAUCGACGGAAAGGACUGGCUUCCUAAGGGAAGACAGUGAGGACGAGAGAAUGUGUCUUCAAUUGUCCAUAGUAAUCAACCGUACACACGUCUUGAGCUUGGGAAUGUCAAUUAGACAUUGAUCUUAUGGCCGAGGACGCCGAUGGUUCAUUGUUGACGAACAGAAGAUUGUUCAAAUUCGAUCCGAUUCGCGAGAAGCUAGAAGGUUUAAUUAAAAUGUCCACCUAAAACUAGCAGCCCAUUGAUUAGUUCUUUGAGUUUGAAGAUUUAUUCUUGGAAAGAAAAAAACUCCUCGUGGCAACGCCACGAGCUCAUUUGACAAACGUGACUUGUCUUCAUUUAUCGACGAUUGUAAGUACAUAUGAAUUGUUUUAAUAAAACAGGGCAAAAAGCUCGACGCUACUGGAGAAAAGUCC